AAUUGAAGGAGAGCCGAUUCCAGCGCGCCGCGAGUUGAGUUGCCAGUCCGCCGUCGCCCACAAUGCUCGCACCAAGGACAGGGCGACAGGCCCUCCAACGGGCAUUGGGACCCAAUCCCUCCUCGACCGUCACACUGCCGGGCUUCCUCGUCCCGGCCUUCCAGACAUCGCAAGCAUCGGCCCGGCGAGCCUUCUCGGCGACGACACACCGGCCCUCCAAGCUCGGCAGGACGCCGCUCUCGGUGCCGCCGGGCGUGGACCUCUCGAUUGGCGACCUGUUCAUCAAGAAGGACAUGACAUCGUACCUGAAGACGUACAAGCGGAAGAUCACAGUGGCCGGGCCGUUGGGAACAUUGGAGCUCGAGAUCCCCGACUACGUCAACAUCGACCAUGACGCCGCAGCGAGGAGGGUGGAGCUGAGCGUGAAGGACCGGGACCAGAGGAACCAGCGGGAGAUGUGGGGAACCACGUGGUCGUACCUUAACAAUCACAUUAUGGGUGUAUCGGAAGGGCACACGGCUGUCCUCCGCCUGGUCGGUAUCGGUUACAGGGCGACGAUCGAGCCGCGGCCCGCGUUGGAGGAAUACCCCGACCAGCAGUUUGUCUGCCUGAAGCUGGGCUUCUCGCACCCGGUCGAGAUGGGUUUGCCCAAGGGCAUGAAGGCCAGCGCGCCGCAGCCUACCCGAGUGCUCCUCGAGGGCAUCAACAAGGAACAGAUCAUGCAGUUCGCCGCCAAGAUCCGCAGGUGGAGAGUGCCGGAGCCGUACAAGGGCAAGGGCAUUUUCAUCAACGACGAGACCAUCAAGCUGAAGCAAAAGAAGAUCAAAUAGACGAGUCGCGGGUGGGCCGUUGUAUGUCUAGCAGUAUUUUCCUCCAUCACCGGAU